GGAUUUUUGCUGGGCCUACUUUUUUUCAUGCUCUUCUAGUGCUACCAUUGUGCAAAUCACCCACGCAGUAGGGGCCUACAGUGUUUGCGAUACGAAUUAUUGGUGCGCAGUUUUCUCAAUUUCAGGACACAGCAAGCUCCUCGCUCUUGGUGGUGAACAGAAAAAUCUAGCAGCAUGUCUCGUUCCUACUCGAGAGCGGAUCUGGCCUGCAAGGUCUACGUGGGUAAUCUGGGCGAGUCAGCCGGCCGACGGGAGCUGGAGAAUGCCUUCGUCAAAUUCGGGCCCCUCAAGAAUGUCUGGGUGGCCCGGAACCCGCCUGGCUUUGCUUUCGUUGAGUAUGAAGAUUCAAGAGAUGCUGAAGAUGCUGUGAAAGGCCUGGACGGCCACAUGCUCUGUGGACACCGUGCCGUCGUGGAGAUGUCGACCGGGGAAAAACGUACCAGCCGGCGCGGAGGCCGCAGCGGGCCGCGGUCGGCCAGCUACGACGACAAGUGUUACACCUGCGGGGAGCGGGGUCACUUUGCCCGGGAUUGCCGCAACAGCGGCCGCUACGGAGGUUAUGGUGGUGGACGGUACAGCAACUCGGACAGACGUCGGAGCAGAAGAUCCAGGUCCAGAUCCCGAGAUCGCAGCUACUCGCCGCGGAGGUAUUCGGACCACAGCCGCUCCCGGAGCCGCAGUCGCGGUCGAAGCCACAGUCGUAGCAGGAGCCGAUCCUACUCCCAACGUCGUCGUCACAGCCGGAGCUCAUCUGACAGGGAUUAAGACCCAGGACAGGCCAAGUGGCGGAGAGUUGGCCACACCCAUGUACAUUUUAGGAUACCCAGUUUUUAUUAUGCCUAGCGAAAAUCCCCCCCCCCCCAUGGUCUUCAGUUUGUAAGACCUGGGAGCUUGGAUCACAAUGUCUUAGUCAAGUGAGGGUCCUCUUUGUUCCUAUAGUUUGACACGUAGCUUUUCGGGUAACGUAACUUGUGUCACAUUUUGAGACUAAUUCAUCAGAUUUGUGGCAUGUUUGCUCGUGCAGCUUAGUUUUCUCACACAAUUCGAAUGGCGCACCAAGGUGUGUUCACGUUGAGUUUCAAUGUCCGGUUGUCAUAUUCUGUGCCACUUCAGUCGGGUACGUUCCUGACUAUUCAAAAUAACGGGUCUUUUUAAUACCCAGCCAGACUUUCAGAGCAAAAAACAAUCUUAUAUUUUCCUGUGCAGCUAGACACUUGUUAAUAUCUUAACCAUCUUGUGUUAGAAAAAUUACCAUUGAUUUUUAGUGUAAAAAAUUGUCCUUGGCACAUUUAUCAGUGUAUAACCUAUGAAAACUGGGUUUAGAAUCUCACGAACACGACUAGACCUUUUUUUCAUGAACAAUUCAGUGUCUCUUGUUUGCUAGUGUAAAGUAAAUCUACUUGCUUAAUUUCUAAGGAUAAUAAUGUAAUAGUGUCAUACCAAUUUGGCAAAUGGGAGACAACGCUUUCCCCGUUUCAUUAAGUUGUUUAGUGGUACCUUACAGGUUGAGAUUGUUAGCAAAAAUCACUGGUGUACGUGAGCGAGCUGUGCAUACUUCACAUGAUAAUUUGGUUGGUAGCCAGAUCGUCUUGCAAAGCAAGUUUCGUUCAAGCUUAGCAGAAAUCUGUGCAUCACUUCUUAUGAAGCUUGUCAUAUGAUCCGGUGUGAGUCAGAUUUGGAGAUAAGAAAUGCAACUUACAGCAAGGGUUCAAGAGCAUGGAACAAAGACUGUCGAUGGAAUACCUGGUCGGGUGAGAAAAACAUCUGCUUCCUGUUGCGUAACAUAAAUACAGAUCAGGUUGGUUGGAAGGUGUCGUUUUUAUAUUGCACAAGUAUUUUAAUGCUGAUUCGGUCUGCCGUUAAGUGUUUACUCGUUAGAAUAACAGCAAGAAAGGUUCGGUGGCAGUUUUUUUGUUCAAAUGAAAUAAACAACACUUUCAAGGGUAGUAGUUGCGUGCAUAAAUAAUUCCAUGGAAUUUUUUGCUGAAACCAUGACUUCACAUUUUGCCAAAAUUUCUCCACUCCCUUUUAAAAAGUUCAGGGUUGUGGAAUCAAGGUGGGUAGGUCAGGAAGUCCACGUUUAAACUCUUUGGCCAAAGAUGCACUGAUUUUACGUGUACAUGUAGAAUGGUUUUUCCCGAGUUUUGGCUUUAUUUCGUAGAAAUAAAACAUAACAUGGCAGAUUUGUGCCUGGCAAAACUGAGCGGGGGACCAGUCACAGAGGGUACACCCUGCAUGGCAUGUUGGUUGGUAAUCCUCAAGUGUUAAACGUAUUGUCUUUGCUGGGCCAAUUGAUGCGAUUGGUCCCAAGAUUUGCACGCUAGGUGAACCCCAAGAAGCAGUGAGCCUCCACAAUGGAAACUUGUACUGUACGUGUACAGUACGAUUCCGGUGUCAACUUUAUAUGCGCGCAUGCGCGUUGCCAAACUCCCCGGUGUCCCGUUGCAGUUCGGAGUCACGUGAUCCGCCCCUGUGUGGUGACACGAUCGCGGCACAUUGACGCACAUUUGGGGAAUUUUUUGCCUUAAAUAACAAAGGAGCCACUUAAAGUCGCACUUUCCCCACCGUAAAAAACCUUUUUAUUCAUUUGGUGUAUUUUAGAAUAUUUUUAAACAAAUGAAGCACAUUUUUUUCUAGGGAAAUAAUUUUGUGUGUCAAGAUUUCCAACUGAUAUACUGUUAUUGUAACUAUAUGUAACUAUAUGUAGGUGCACCCGUAUUCUCGAAGAAGUGGGUAAUUGUGAUGUUAACGGAGGGUCGGAUUCGAAAUGGUCUGAAUUUUUGUAGCAGAAUUUUUUUGGAAACUGAAGGCGGGAAGUCAAUUGUUUUUUGGUAGAGUUGGACCCAGUUGCUAUUUGUCUUUAAGAAUGUCAGUGUGGACUAUUGAAAUCUCAUUAAACAGAAAUAAUCAUUUCAUUGCAUGUAAUAUGUUUA